AUUGUGCAGUUGACCUCCCUUCGACCCGCUGCCGACCUAUUUUGCAGCCUCUUGCGGGAAGCACUGAAAGCGGAACUGCAGCGUGGUCAGAUGAAAGCUGUGAAAGGUUUUGUGAAGACUUGCUACUCUGAGGGACUUGUGUCGCCAGCGGGCGUCUUAGACAACGAGCGGGAGGAUGGAAGUCUUAUCUCAGACCCAAAGGAAGGAAGUUCGCCUCCAGAAACAGAAUUCCAUGGCGGUCUAGGCUUGCAGUUUAAAUUCCCUGGUGACCCAAAGAAGUUGCGCGAGGCUUCAAAAAUAAUCAAGCUAUGGACGAUAUAUUUAAAGAAUCACGGCCGCAAUCUUACACUACUGAGAUACCCGCAGUGCACUCGAUCGGUUCAGGUCGGCCUCCCUAAUCGGCUUCGUGGUGAGAUGUGGGAGACCUUGUCUGGAUCUGCAUAUCUUCGUUACUCCAAUCCUGGAGUAUACGAUCAAUUGGUGUUGGAUAUUGAGGGGACGAACAGCACAAGUUUUGAGGAUAUUGAGAAGGAUCUACACAGGAGUCUUCCGGAAUACGUAGGCUGUCAAGCUGACGAGGGCAUCAGCUCUUUUCGUAGAGUGCUACAAGCCUACUCGCACAGGAACCCAGAAGUCGGCUAUUGACAGGCGAUGAAUAUACUGGCAGCUGUGAUUCUAAUGUAAGUGUUUCACUUUCACGGCACGUUUGUCUCAUGUUGGUGAAGUUACAUGUCAGAAGAGCAAACCUUCUGGCUUCUCGAAG